AUGAAUGCCAAUCGACAGUGGAUGUAUAAUAGGCUCAAGGACGGGUUGUUGAAUACUGAAUUUUUAAAUGGUUUAGAGGAGUUCAUACAAUUUGCUUCAACCCAUCCUGAAUGUAUGGAUGGUAUGAAUAUAAGAUGUCCUUGUAGUAUGAAAAGGUGUUCGAAUCGGAGGUUCCUCUGUGUGGACGAUGUACGAUAUCAUCUGAUGAAAAAUGGUUUCGUCCCUAAUUACUACAGGUGGACAGCACAUGGUGAAUGUUGGGAUGAUCAAGGAACCUCUAGUGUGCUAAUGUCUGAAACUAUCAUGGAAAAUGAUUUUCAAACUGGGACUAGUGGCCGAUACCAUGAAAUGGUACUUGAAGGGUUUGGUUUACCGCCUCAAAUUGAAUUCAUGGAGGAGGCACCUAAUGCCGAGGCACAAAGGUUGUAUGAAAUGUUACAAGCAGCAAGUGAAGAGUUAUGGCCAGGAUGCAAUAAGCACACAAAACUAUCUGCUGUGAUUGUCGAGUUUUUGAAAGAAGUUCUACCUGAAGAUAAUGUGCUUCCUGAUAAUUUUUACAAAACGAAAAAGUUAAUUGAGGGUUUGGGUCUACCAGUGGAAAAGAUUGAUUGUUGCAGAAAUAAUUGCAUGAUAUAUUGGUCUGGUGACGCUGAGUUACAAGAAUGCAAGUUUUGCCAGCUUCCUAGAUAUAAACGCACGGUAAACAGCUUGACAAAGCAAGUUGUUCAGAAGCCAUAUAAGAAGAUGUAUUACUUUCCUCUCACUCCAAGGUUACAACGGCUUUAUGCAUCAGACGCAACAGCACCUCAUAUGAGAUGGCAUGCUGAACAUGAAUAUGAGGAAGGGGUCAUGCAUCAUCCAUCUGAUUCUCCUGCAUGGAAACACUUCAAUGCAUGUUAUCCAUCAUUUGGAUCAGAGAUAAGGAAUGUGAUGCUUGGAUUGUCUACUGACGGAUUCCAACCAUUUGGACAAUCUGGCCAACAGUACUCAUCUUGGCCCAUCAUUCUGACACCGUAUAAUCUUCCGCCAUGGCUGUGUAUGAAGUCAGAAUAUAUGUUUCUCACUGUUAUAGUUCCGGGCCCAAAUAAUCCUAAAUUUAAAAUUGAUAUAUUCUUACAACCCUUAAUCGAAGAACUAAAACAAUUAUGGAACAUGGGGGUUGAGACAUAUGAUGUGGAUAAGAAGCAAAAUUUUCUCAUGCGGGUUGCUUUGCUAUGGACCAUUAGUGACUUUCCUGCUUAUGCCAUGCUUUCUGGUUGGAGCACUGCAGGAAGGCUUGCAUGCCCAUAUUGUAUGGAUAACACUGAUGCAUUUACUUUGCCAAGAGGUGGCAAACAAUGUUGGUUUGACAAUCAUCGCAAAUUUUUGAACCAUAACCAUCCAUGGCGGAAGAAUAAAUCAUGGUUUAGAAAAAACAAAGUUGUAACUGAACAUGCACCUCUAGUAAGGACUGGAGAGGAAAUUUUGCAUGAGAUAGAGAGUCUUGGAUUAAUGAGAGUCACAGAUCCAGGUUCAGAUGUUGUUAAUGCUGUUAUUAGUAAGACAUGUGGAUGGAGGAAACGCAGCAUAUUCUGGGAUUUACCUUAUUGGAGUUCCUUGCUUAUUAGACACAACCUUGAUGUAAUGCAUAUUGAAAAGAAUUUUUUUGAUAACUUGUUCAAUACCAUUAUGAAUAUAGAGGGUAAAACAAAAGAUAAUGCAAAAGCAAGAGAAGAUAUGAGGGAAAUAUGUCGGCGGCCUGAGUUGGAGAUUAAUGCAGAAACUGGCAGGUAUCCAAAAGCAAUAUAUGCAUUGGACAAACCGGCAAAACAAGUUAUUUGUGAAUGGAUGAAGGGACUCAGAUUUCCUGAUGGUUAUGUGUCUAACAUGGCACGAUGUGUCGACAUGAACAAGUACAGAUUAUUUGGAAUGAAAAGUCAUGAUUGUCAUAUUUUCAUGCAAAGGUUGUUGCCUAUUGCAUUUCGUGAAUUAUUACCAAUGAGAGUGUGGGAAGCAAUUACCGAGCUAAGCAUUUUCUUUAAGCAACUAACGAGUACUAUCUUACGGGAGGAAGAUAUGCAAAGGCUUGAAGAGGACAUUCCGGUUAUACUAUGCAAAUUGGAGCGAAUAUUUCCUCCGGGUUUCUUCGACUCGAUGGAACAUCUUCCGGUUCAUCUUGCAUAUGAAGCUCGCAUUGGGGGUCCAGUGCAAUAUCGUUGGAUGUAUCCUUAUGAGCGGUACAAUGGAAUUUUAAAGAAGAAUAUUAAAAAUAAAGCCAAAGUUGAAGGAUCAAUUGCUAAUGCGUACUUGGUAGAAGAAGCAUCUUCUUUUUGUGCUUACUAUUUUGAGUCACAUGUUUCUACAAGGCAUCGACGGGUUCCACGUAAUGAUGAUGGUGGUGUAGUGGAAGAUCAGGAGAUUGAAGGAAAUCUAUCAAUAUUCAAAUAUCCGGGUAGACCCAUAGGUCAAUCAAAGAAAAGGAUAUUGACAAAGGAUGAAAGAAAUGCAGCUCAUUUAUAUAUCUUACUAAAUUGUGAAGAAGUUUCGCCAUUUAUCAAAAUAUAUAUUGAGGAUCUACGGAGGAUAUCACCUAACAUUACUGAUGGGGAGGUAGACAUCACAUUGGAGAAUAACUUUCCCACAUGGUUCAAAGCAUACGUAAGCUUUAUAAUACUUGCAAUACUACGCUGAAUUUGGUGAAUGAAUCAAAAUUAAUUUUAUAUGUUAACUUUUUGUAAUAGGUACAUGAACCAAC